UUGUAGUCGUUUAAUUCUGUUUGGACAUAUUGCUUUUGUGUGUUUUUAACUGUAUGGUGCUUUUUAAUGUUGUAAGCCUCCUCGAGUCCCAGUCUUGGGAGGAGAAGGGCAAGAUAUAAACAACAACAACAACAACAACACACCCAGCUGAUGUCCGGCGCCUGCAGCCCCUGGGGCCAACCCCAUCCCCUCCCCUUUCUGACCCACUUGCUGCUGGAAAGGGAGGGUGAGGAGGCCAGCCCCGCCAGGAGGAGCCAGGAGCCUGCCCUGGUCCAGAGGUUGUUAUCAAGGGACGCCGGCUUUCGGCAGACCCUGGUGCCUUCCACCUGCUGGGCCUUAAAGCGAUUCUAGCGAUUUAUUCUUAAACUCUGCAUCUGAUGUGUCUGUUUAAAUCGAUGUGUGUUUCAGCUGAUGUGGUGGGUCUGUUAGUAAUUGUUGUUCCCUGCCUUCAUCCGGAGGGAGAGGAAGCCCUGGGGUAGUAGGAGAACAUGAUGUCCCUCUAUCGCUCCUUAUUGGUGCCUACUCGCCUGAUGCUGAAGGUCUCAAAGGUUGUGGGCUGGAUGGCCGUCUACAGUGGUGCUUGCCUUGCUGCAGCUUUCAACCUUUCUUGGGUGCUAUGGCUGCUGCUGACCAGGGGUCCUCAGCAGGUUUUUCAGAAGAAGCAGCGGGAGACACCGCCCAGCUGCCUCACCAACACCGCUUACGGGGAGCACCGCUAUCUCACCCUCAAGCACUCAGGGCUGCGUCUCCACUAUGUCAUCGCUGGCCAGGAAGGCGCACGACUAAUGCUUUUCUUGCACGGAUUUCCCCAGAACUGGUUUACAUGGCACCAUCAAUUGCAGGAAUUUAAGCAAACAUUCAAGGUGGUAGCCAUCGAUUUUAAGGGCUAUGGCUUUUCUGAUGCACCUGUUGAGACUGAACACUAUCAGAGGGAUGUUUUGCUGGAAGAUGUACGAAGCGUUGUUGAAGCCCUGGGAUCCAGUCAAAAGGAUGUAACUGCCAAGUGCAUUCUGAUAGGGCAUGAUUGGGGUGGUUGCAUUGCUGUUGAAUUUGCUGCCACAUACCCUAACAUGGUGGAGAAGCUGGUUGUCAUGAAUGGGGUUCAGUCACAUGUUCUAACAGAAUAUAUGUUCCAGCAUCUGAGCCAGCUCCUGAAAUCUGAAUACAUGUUCCUGUAUCAGCUCCCAAAACUACCAGAGUUCCUGCUGUCCUUGGAUGACUUCCUUUAUAUAAAGCAGCUUUUCACCAGCAAGAAGAAGGGAAUCCAGAAUCCAGCUCACUAUUUGACAGAAGAAAAAAUGGAUGUUUAUCUAUAUAGUAUCUCACAGCCUGGCGGCUUAACACCACCCCUGAAUUACUACAGGAACAUGUGGACCUGGGCGCCUCCGAAGUGCAAGGAUAUUUUGAUGCCUACCCUACUGAUCUGGGGAGAGAACGAUGGAUUUCUGGAACCAGGAUUUGCUGAACUAAUGAAACAGAAUGUACGGAACAGUGUCCAAGUGCAGCUUAUUCCUGGAGCCAGUCACUGGUUACCUGAGGAUAAUCCUGAAGAUGUCAAUAAGUUGAUAUGGUCUUUCCUCCUGGAGAAAGGAGCUGGUGAAGAAAAGAAGUAGCUGCUCAGUGCACUGUGGACAUCCCUACUACUUGACAUGCAGAAACUUACAACAACGGUAGCAACUCAGCCUGACUCUGGAGAGCCGGCCCCCCCCCCCCCCUUGUUCUGUGAAGUGUUUCUGCUCCUUCUUGGACCCCACCUGCCAUGUUGCUAACUGGUUUUGAUGCAAGUCCACAUUUUCUUGCAUUUCAGUGGAGAGUACCUGACCAGCAUCCAGCUUUUUAAGAGACAUGUCACACUUUGGAACCACAGAGAAUUCCAUUUUACCUGAGGCCUUCUGACUCAUUUCCCCUUUGGUGGCAGGCAUUAAGACUUGAAAAUCUUUCCUUCUGUUUUGUAUGUCUUAACAGAGCCAAAUCCUGUGCAAACAGGAUUCCUCACAUUCCUUUUUGGAGACAAAUUGCUGCCUUUGCAAACUGUGCUGCACAGGUCCAUGGGGAAGAACCUGCUGGUUUGGGUGAUGUUGAAAUGGAAUUUUUAUUGUGAUUGAAACCUGUGUGUCAGACCUGAUCUUUCCACUGGCUGAAUUCUGAACUUGGCAGAGAAUGCAGUGUUGCCCUCUUGAGAAUGGUCUCCAGAUAUGCACUAAGAGAUGGAACAAGGGCUUCUCAGGGAAAUUGCAUAGGGAACCAGACUAGAGUAGGGAGAAUGGAUUUGCAGAGUAGCAGACCAAAUUUUAACGCUGAAUAGAAGGCCAUGUAACAUUUCUUUCCACAAUCACAGCAAUCAAGUUUAGCACACUUGUUUAAACACAGGGAAACUCUCAAUGUGUACAUGGACCCUUGGUGGCCAUCUAAUAAUUCAGAUGAGAACAAAAUCUUCAUGUUAACAUAACAAACCCAUUUAACUGAA